AAUCUCACAUGAAAGAAUUAAUGUGAGUCUACUCUACACACAUUUUGGUUCAGGGACGCUAAUUUGUAGGCUCUUAUCUCUGUCGGUAACUUCAUACAAAAGCUGCUACUGUUGAAGGUCUUCCAGGAAGGUGAUAACAUUGUUCACCAGCACGCACCUGGAGACCACAUGUUCUUUGAGCAAGGCCAGGUGCUGAUGGAGGCAAAGUCCUUCCAGAAGGAGUUGUGUGACAGAGACCACUUUGGAGAGAUCUCCCUCCCGACCAGAAACAAGCGUGUGAUCACCAUGAAAGCUCUGACUCUGCUAGCUGUUCUCCACCAAUAGCUCUGAGCAGGUUCUGCAGGCUUUCCCAGGUGCAGGGGCAGAUGUGGAGAGAUUGGCCAAGCAGGACAUGAGGAGUGACAAAACCUCUGGGAGUUUCCGCUUAGGACCACCUUUGUCCCUGCUGUGUGUACAUGUUACACAUGCCUUGGACAUUUAAAAGUGAGGAUGGCCAGAGCAUUCGGCUGAUCCGAGUGGGCCCGCGCUGGGAUGAACCGGUCCAGACGCCCUGCAGCGGGGGUUCCCGUGGCCUCGACCUGCGGGUGGAAGGCUCUGUUACUCCCUCAGCAGAACCGGCAGUCUCUAUACGUCUACGGCAGUGAGGUGGCCGUGGAGAAAGAAUGUAUUCGACAACUACAGAGCGGCGUGUGGGUCAUCCACCCCUUCAGUCAGAUCAGGAGUUAUUACAUUAUGUGUAUGAUGGCCAUCACAUUUCUCAACCUUAUUGGGAUCCCGAUGGAGAUAGCUUUUCUGGAUGGUCGCAGUGGUGUGGGCUGGGAAGGCUUUAACGUUUUCUCUGAUACACUGUUCCUGAUUGACGUGGCCCUGAAUUUUCGGAUGGGCAUCAUUUCUGAGGACAGUGAGGUCGCUAUUCUGGAUCUCAAACAGAUCCGCCUGUGUUACCUCAGGACCUGGUUUAUACCCGAUGUGAUCGCAGCAUUCCCUAUUGGCUACAUCCUGCUAAUUGCUGACUUACAGUUUCAGAGUGAUCCGAACUCUUCUAAAGCCAGCAGAAUGAUGCGGAUCCUAAUGUUUGUCAGAAUCCUCAGUCUGGUGCGGCUCCUUCGAGUGUCCAGACUCGUUAGAUUCUUCAAUGAAGUGGAAAAAAUUUCAAAUGCAAACCUGGAUGUAGUUCGGCUAUUUUUCAGGGUACUGUCAUUGUUCAUGAUGAUAUUCCUGCUGUGCCACUGGAACGGCUGCAUCCAGUACUUCAUCCCUAUGCUUGAGGAGUUUCCCUCAGACUGCUGGAUCAGGAGAGAGAACCUAAUGAAUGCCACUGUAGGUGAGAAGUACUCCUUUGGCGUUUUUCGCGCUCUGUCACAAAUGAUUGCGUUAUCCUACGGGUCCACAGAAACACCGACCAAUGAGACAGAGAUGUGGAUCGUCAUGGUGAGCAUGGUGUCAGGAGCGCUGAUGUACACGGUCCUGGUUGCCAACACGGCUGCCAUCAUAACAGAAGGAGACCCUACAGCCCAAGCAUACAAGAGCAAGAUCAGUCACCUGGAACACUACAUGACCUUCAUGAAACUUCCAGCCGACCUUCAACUCCGCAUCAACAAGUACUACCAGGCUCGCUUUGGGGGAAAGUGGUUUGAUGAGCGGGACAUUCUCAACCUGGUAUCCUCCUCCUUGAAAGAGGAGAUUCUAACAAUCAUGUGUGCCCGGCUGGUGUACAAGGUACCCAUGUUCCAGAGCUUCAACUGCAACUUCAUCAACGCUCUCCUUGUCAAGCUCCAGCACGAGGUCUUCCAGGAGGGGGAUUUCAUCAUCCGGCAGAGCGCCCCCGGUGACCGCAUGUUCUUCAUCGAGCACGGCCAGGUGCUGGAGGAAACAGAGUCAUCCCAGAGGGAACUGUGUGACGGAGACUACUUUGGAGAGACAUGUCUGCUGACCAGAGGGAAGCAUGUGUCCACAGUGCAAGCACUGACCACCUGCCAGGCUUUCUCUCUUGACGUGGACAGCUUUCAUUCCACCCUGGAUGGCUUCCCCGAUGUGAAGACCGAACUGAAUAAGAUUGCCCUGCAACAGCAGGAGUCUGUUUGAUGCAACUACAGACUGAACUGAAUAAGAUUGCCCUGCAACAGCAGGAGUCUGUUUGAUGUAACUACAGACUAAACUGAAUAAGAUUGCCCUGCAACAGCAGGAGUCUGUUUGAUGCAACUACAGACUGAACUGAAUAAGAUUGCCCUGCAACUUGCAGGAGUCUGUUUGAUGCAACUACAGACUGAACUCUAUAUAUUACUGUAUAGAAGAGUAGCGCACAUAGAAACAACACUAAUGAACAUGUACAACAUUUAAAAGGUAUUUAUAUAAUCCACUCCAUUCCAGUGGUUUGUUUGGCAAUAUUUAUAUAAUUACAUAUCAAGACUUGCCAUUUUCAGUCUUACAGUAUCAUUAAGCAAUAUCUUUGUGCAACUAUAAGCCAUAUCAAACCAUAGAUUAUCUCAGUGUGUUUGUGAAAAAAGUAAAUCAUCAGAAUGUAAAGUUUUUCUAAAAUCUUUAUUUGGAAGAAGUAGUUACAGUUGUCAAUAGCACAGUGGUACAGUAGAAAUAAAGAGAUGCCAUCUUUGUUCGUGUCUGAGAGAGAAUCAUGGUUUAUGUGAGACCUCAGUUGCCCACGGCGGGUUUGAAAUGGAGCAUUCAUGUGUACCUAACCAAGUUAUAACCGCAACAGCUUAGGCUUAACUCUCUGGCUGACGUUCCCCUCUCUCUCUCUCUCUCUCUCUCUCUCUCUCUCUCUCUGUCUCUCUCUCUC